AUGGUGUCGCAACCUCCUCUGUCCCAGUCGACAUCGCAGAAGAAGCAGCAGUCCAUAUCGAACUUCUUCUCGUCCAAACCAGCACCGACACCGAGCAAGCCCGCGAUCAAAUCCGAAGAGUCAGGGAAGAAUGGCCUCGAGGAGAAUGAUAACCUGUUCGUUAGCGACGAUGAAGGUCCGAACAAUGGGCUGCGAAGGAACUCGCGAACGCCGAAGCGUGCUCUAGAAGAAGAAGAGGACGAGGACGACACACCUCCUUAUAAGCGAGCAAAGCCUGGUCUCGAAGAUGGCGAAGAGGAUGGACUUCAAAGUCAUCCCCAAGGCGGAAGAGCCUCGCUGCAGUCUGUGUCGAGCAACGUCGCGGGAGCAAAGAAGCCGAAGAUCACAGGAAGGACGUCAAAAUACAUGUUCUCGAGCUCUCCACUGCCUCAGGACGAAAACCACGAAUCAGAGGAGGACGAGGAGUCACGGAGGUACAAGGAGCGCAUGCAUCAGAAGUUCGUCAAGAAGCUCGGGAGACCAGAAAGCAUAGCAGAACUGCAACGUCGAAACCACAUCAUCUCAGAGGACACGCAGGAGGACCAGGAUGCGGCAGAAGAUGAGGAGCCGGAAGAGGCGCUAGAACCAGCAGCUUCGAAAGGAAAAGGCAGAAAAGGCCCAGGUCCAAAGAAAGCCAAGGACAAAUUGACGCCCAUGGAGCGGCAAGUCAUCGACAUCAAGCGGAAGAACAUGGACACUCUGCUCGUGGUUGAGGUUGGCUACAAGUUUAAGUUCUUCGGCGAGGACGCUCGUACAGCAGCAAAAGAGCUGAGCAUCGUCUGCAUCCCUGGCAAAAUGCGCUUUGACGAACACCCAUCAGAAGCACACCUCGAUCGCUUUGCGUCUGCCAGCGUACCAGUGCAUCGACUGCAUGUUCAUGUAAAGCGGCUGGUCUCUGCCGGUCACAAGGUUGGUGUUGUUCGGCAACUUGAGACGGCUGCUUUGAAAGCCGCUGGAGACAACCGCAACAAGACUUUCGAACGAGGCCUGACCAAUCUCUAUACCAAAGGCACCUACAUUGACGAUCAAGAAGGCUUGGAGGCCCCUGUAGCUGCACCAGAAGGAGGUGCACCAGCGACAGGCCAUCUGCUUUGCCUUACUGAGACCAGCCCAAAAGGCUGGGGAUCAGAUGAGAAGGUUCAAAUCGGACUCGUGGCCGUGCAGCCUGCCACCGGCGACAUCAUCUACGACGAUUUCGAAGACAGCUGGAUGCGAAGUGAACUGGAAACCCGGCUACUGCACAUUGCACCUUGCGAGUUUGUCAUUGUUGGUGACGUCUCGAAGGCUACCGAGAAGCUCGUCCAGCAUCUCUCAGGCAGCAAGACAAACGUGUUCGGCGACAGAGCCCGUGUUGAGCGGGUCGACAAGCCGAGGACGAUGGCCGCCCAGUCAUACAGCCACAUUACCAAGUUUUAUGCCGACAAAAUGGCAUCUGACCAGCUGUCUAGCUCACAGGUCGAGUCGUCGCAAGAGACUGGCACGCUUCUGGAUAAGGUCCAUAAGCUGUCGGAGAAUGCAACGAUAUGUCUCUCAGCGAUGAUCACCCACCUUACUGAUUAUGGCUUACAGCAUGUCUUCGAUCUGACAAAGUACUUCCAGUCGUUCAGUGCAAGGUCACACAUGUUACUCAAUGGCAACACUCUGACUAGUCUUGAGAUUUACCGGAAUGGAACGGACUACUCGGAGCACGGCAGUCUCUUCUGGACGCUGGACCGGACGCAGACACGGAUGGGACAGCGUCUGCUACGAAAGUGGGUCGGAAGACCACUGCUUGACCGGCAACGGCUGAACGAACGGGUGGCAGCCGUCGAAGAGCUCAAAGACACCCAACAGACAGCAGCUGUCGACCGGAUCAAGCGCCUAAUGGGCAAAGUGAGGGCCGAUCUGGAGAAGUCUCUCAUCCGCAUCUACUACCGCAAAUGCACCCGGCCAGAGCUUCUAAGCGUUCUGCAGACACUGCAGACGAUCGCGCAGGAAUAUGCGCACGUGGUCUCCGCGGCAGAUGCUGGCUUCGAGACAGAGAUACUCAACGAAGCGAUUUCCUCCUUGCCGAAGAUCGCAGACGAGGUCGUCUCGUUCCUCGAUCGAAUCAACGCACAAGCCGCAAAGCAAGACGACAAGUACAGCUUCUUCCGGGACGAGUACGAAACAGACGAUAUCACGAACCACAAAUGCGGCAUUGCGGCAGUGGAGCAUGACCUUGACGAGUUCAAGGCGGUUGCUGCUGAGAAGCUGAAGAAGAAGCGAGUCGACUAUGUUACUGUGGCUGGUAUCGAGUACUUGAUCGAGCUCGAUAACACGAUGCUGAAGAACUUGCCUGCUUCGUGGGCGAAGAUCUCUGGGACGAAGAAGGUCUCGCGGUACCAUGCUCCAGAGGUGAUCAAGUUGAUACGAGAGCGCGAUCAGCAUAAGGAGGCUCUGGCAAAUGCUUGCGAUGCCGCCUUCAUCGAGCUUUUGGCGGAAAUCGGCUCAAAGUACCAGGCGUUCCGCGACUGCAUACAGUCGCUGUCAUUGCUAGACUGUCUACUGUCGCUCGCAGACAUAGCCAGUCAACCCGGAUACUGCAAGCCAGAGUUCACCGACGACAACGGCAUAGACAUCGAAGGCGGUCGCCAUCCAAUGGUCGAGCAGCUCCUCCUCGAUGCUUUCGUACCCAACGACGUCCACCUGUCCUCAGACGAAACCCGCGCUCUCCUCAUCACAGGUCCAAACAUGGGCGGCAAAAGCUCCUACGUGCGUUCCGUCGCUCUCAUAUGCAUUAUGGCGCAAAUCGGCUCCUACGUCCCCGCCACCUCAGCAAACCUCGGGCUUCUCGACGCAGUCUUCACACGCAUGGGCGCUUUUGACAACAUGAUGAAGGGCGAGAGCACGUUCAUGGUCGAGUUGUCCGAGACGAGCGAUAUCCUCAAGCAAGCUACGCCACGCAGCCUCAUCAUCCUCGAUGAGCUGGGUCGUGGCACUUCUACACACGACGGUGUUGCUAUCGCUCAAGCAGUGCUCCAUCAUGUCGUCAGCAAGCUUAAGAGCUUGACGCUGUUCAUCACGCACUACCAAUCCCUCGCCCGCAUCGCGGAUAAAUUCUCCCGCGAGCUGAAGAACGUGCACAUGCGCUUUACGGAGCAAGACAGCAAGGCUGGGGAGAAGGACGUGACGUUCUUGUACGAAGUGGGAGCUGGAGUGGCGCAUCGUAGCUACGGUCUUAACGUUGCAAAACUGGCUGGUUUGCCGAAGAGUCUGCUUGAUGAGGCGGGGAGAAGGAGUAAGCAGAUGGAGGAGGAGGAGAGUCGGAGGCGGAUGGGACAUUUGUCGAGGAUCGUGGGAGAGAUGGUUGGUGAGGGAGAGGCGGAGGGGCUCGAGAGGAUGUUGGCUGCUGUUGAGCAGAUGUAG